AUGACAAAUACCGUGCAAAAGCUACCGGCAAGAAUCAUACAUGCAAUCAUCGCUGAAAAUUUAUCCUCAGACAAUAUUAUAUAUUAUGACGAACAUCAAGGUUGGGUAUAUAAAAGAUUCAGUGAUGACCUUAACAACACUUCACGACAAAAUCUUAGCGAAGUUCAAUCAUCAAGUCUUGUCCAAAAUGCACGUCCACUGGAAUCACUCGGCCCUUUCGGUACUCAACCAACUGAUGUCUCUAUAAUUAUUGAACCAGGUGAAGUUAUUUAUAGAACAAAAUCAUUCAAUAUGAUAUUGAGCGAUCUUACUCAAUACACUGUCGUCGAAUGUUUAGGACAACAUGCGCCGUUGGCGCUAAUAACUUUGCAUGGCACAGCUCGUAGCGUUUCUCAUAUCCCACAUGAUGCAACACAUUUCUGUUGGGUUUAUCCACCAAUCGAACUAAGUGAGUUAUGUGAGAAAACAAAACAAACUAUUGACAAAAAAGUAUCAAUGGGUGAUUUAUCAAAUAGUUCCCUUGCUUUCGGUGGUUUUACUUAUUUUCGAAUUAAUGAAUAUAAUAACUAUAUAAUGUUACAAGCUAAUGCACUUGUGAAAGCUGAUAAUGGCCUCGUAUUUCAUGGACCUCAUGACUGGCAACCUGCUUAUACAGCUCAUCUAGCUAAAACCGGUCGAUUUCAGGAUGUUACUGUUUCGUCACUCAUAGAUUUGGGUAUCAAAUGUUAUUGUUUUAUUAAUCCAAACGAGAAGCUUUGUAGUUCUGUUGAGGGUCAACCAGAUUGGGCUCCUGCUAAAAAUGGUGGUUUCGUCUAUUUGUAUGGAUCUCCUGGAAAUCCUCAUCCUCUCGAUCGCUACUUUUCCAUUGCGGAUGCACCCAUCACUGAGCAAAUCAGUACACAAGUUAUGCCAUUCUCAUUAAUUCGUAAUUCACAUAAAACCGUUGAACGAUCAAGUUCAUCCUUACCAUCGCCAUCUUCGAAUGUUGAUAAAGACAGAUUUAAUUGUUCAAUUUGCCUCGAUCAAACAAUUCAAUGCAUUUUAAUUCCAUGUAAACAUAUGUGUGCAUGUGCUGAAUGUGCUCAAAUGAUCAAAAAGAAACAAAACUCUCUGUGCCCAAUAUGUAGAGAAACGUUUACCGAAGUGUGGAACGUUUUUUUAUAA